CUGGAGGGCUAGAGAGGCCGGAAGUGCGACCAGCCUGGGGCUCCGCUGGCCGCGCCGGCGGUGGGACGCCUCGACCUCUCACCUGUCUUUCCUUCGCGGCUCGGGGGCGAGGAGGCCCCAGAAGGACCUUGCGAUGGACGAAGAGGGAGUGCAGAAACCCGCUGGCCCACCCACAAGGAAGAAAUUCCUCAUUCCAGUGGACGAGGAUGAGGUCCCUCCUCCCGCGGCCAAGCCCUUAUUCAAAUCCACACGGAGCCUGCCGACUGUGGAGACCUCACCCCAGCCGGCUCCUCAGACCUAUGGCGAGUACGCCAUCUCAGGACCUCCAGGAGGGUCUGGAGCCACACGCCCCAUAGGGCCAGAACCCCUGGCAGGAGAGACCCCCAACCAGGCCCCCAAACCAGGAGCAAAAUCCAACAGCAUCAUUGUGAGCCCCCGGCAGAGGGGCAACCCUGUGCUGAGGUUUGUGCGCAACGUGCCCUGGGAGUUUGGCGAUGUGCUUCCCGAUUACGUGCUGGGCCAGAGCACCUGUGCCCUCUUCCUCAGCCUCCGUUACCACAGCCUCCACCCAGACUACAUCCAUCAGCGGCUGCAGAGCCUGGGGAAGAGCUUCGCCCUGCGGGUCCUGCUCGUCCAGGUAGAUGUGGAUCCUCAGCAGGCCCUCAAGGAACUGGCUAAGAUGUGCAUCCUGGCCGACUGCACCCUGAUCCUUGCCUGGAGCCCCGAGGAGGCCGGGCGGUACCUGGAGACAUACAAGGCUUACGAGCAGAAGCCGGCGGACCUCCUGAUGGAAAAGCUGGAGCAGGACUUCGUCUCCCGGGUGACUGAAUGUCUGACCACCGUGAAGUCAGUCAACAAAACGGACAGUCAGACCCUCCUGACUACUUUUGGGUCUCUGGAACAGCUUAUAGCUGCAUCGCGGGAAGAUCUGGCCUUGUGCCCAGGCCUGGGGCCCCAGAAGGCUCGAAGGUUGUUUGAUGUCUUACACGAGCCCUUCUUGAAAGUGCCCCGAUGACCUCUGCUGCCAAGGAGGCCCUUGGUGUAACAAUAAAGCACUUUCCUGGUCCAGGC